AUGCCAACCUUUUUGAAUCUCUCUGGAGAUAAUCUUGGACCAAAAGAAGGAAGUUCAUCUUCCAUCACACCAACUUCUUUGAAUGUUUCAGCCCCAACAAUUUUAGAACAAGAGAAGGAAAAUCAACUUCUCACCAUUUUGAAAAAAAAGUUCAAGGUAUUACUUUGA